GGACUUUAGAAUGGGCGCAAUUAUUUUCUGCAGCUUGCUUCCCUUUUCUUUCGUUGUGCAGCGAUAAGUCAUUUCUGUGCGUUCAGUGGUCACUCGUUUUUUGCAUCUGCCCAGCGACAGAUUAUUUCGUUUUUGUAGGACCGGAACAUUUGUUCGCAGUUCAUAGACUUGUUUAGAUGGAAGCCCGUUACACACUCGAACUUCGUGAUCGCGAUCCCGCUACUGUAGAAGAUCUCGUUCUUGAUGGGUGCGAAAGUGCUGAAAUUGAAGGUGUCAGUGACAAGCUCGUGAAUUUGCAGAGUUUGAGCAUGGUUCAUGUUGGCUUGCAAAGCCUCAAGAACCUUCCAAAGUUGCCUCAACUGAGUAAGCUGGAUAUCUCGGAUAAUAACAUCGCUGGAGGACUUGAGCAUGUGGCUGACAACUGUCCAGAGCUUCUUCAUCUCAAUCUGGCAUCAAACAAGAUCGCUAAAGUGGAGGAUUUGGCGCCUUUAAAGAAAUUGAAGCUGGCAGAGCUUGACUUAUUCAACAAUCCAAUCACAGAGGGGGAUUCCGAAAGUGAAUACAGGUCGAAGAUAUUCGAAGCAAUCCCGUCUUUGCAAAUUCUUGAUGGAGCUGACAUAAAUGGCGAAGAAGUUGAUGAUUCGCUUGAUGGAGAGGACGAUUUGGGAGACGAAGACAGUGGAGACGAAUCUGGCUCUGAUAUCGAUGGACCUGGACUGAGUUAUCUGGACAACAGUCAGCUAGAUGAGGAUGAGUCGGAAGAGUACAAACCGUCUGACCCGAGCAUAAACCUCGACGAUGCAGCAAAAAGAGGUCUCAAGAGGCGUAACGAAGAAAACGGUGAAGAAAGCGGUAUGAAAAAGAAGGCCGAUGAUGAGUAGCUGUGGUGGGAGUAGUUCUUAGUUCCCUUCUUCUGGCAUUCUUUGGUCGCGCAAUAACCUUCAAGAUUAGACUCCUCACUUGAGCUCUCAGUUGCUCAUUUCCUGGUGGUGUCGAGUUAGUUAGUGUGAAAAGCUUUCAUGAUUGUAAUUGUAUGAUUGUCAAAUAUUCUUUUCGGUUGCAUCUCUCCAUCGCUGUGUAUAUUACGUGGUCGUUGAUGGGUUUGUCGCAUAUUGAUAGCUUGUAACAUCUCGGUGCGGAUGUUGGUGUCACACAUGUUUACCAUCUCAAAUGUAACAUGUAACCUAAUUUGGUGUGCAUUUUGGACUCUUUGUCGUCCUGCGCAUUAAUUGCCACUCCUCAGACCUGUCAAAGAGGCGCGGCUGUCUGUUGAUCUUAUGAUGUCGUACGUGUUAAUUAAUAUUCUCAUAUUAAUUUGAUGAUCUAAAUCUACCUUUGUAUUGUUAUCUUCAGAUAAAUGUAAAGUCUUCCAUUGUGUCUACAGUA